AUUUUUGGGGACAGCAGCUGCAGGCAUUUGUAACGUUUGGUCCCUGCAUGUUGACGUCCAGAAGCGGAGCUGGGGCAGGCGGCAGGAGCAGGGUGCAGUGCUGGGAGACGCAGGGAAAAGGCGAAGGAGCGAGGUUGAUGAUCCCAGUUGCUGCCCCGCUAAGCUGCCCGCUGUGAGGCCGGGGAGGCCGGGAUGGACGUGUUUGGGGGAGCACCCAGGUUCCUGGCCUACCCCCGCACCUUCACGGUGCAAAAUGGUGCUGACGCUGUCCUGAAGUGCCAGAUCGCGGGCGACCCCCGCCCCAGCAUCCUCUGGGAGAAGGACAGGACCCCGAUCGAGCCCUCAGGCCGCUUCCACGUGGAGGCCAAGGGCAACAUGUACAGCCUGCUGGUCUCCCGAGUGACCUCGGAGGACAGUGGGCUCUACAUCUGCAAGGCCAAGAACAACGUUGGCGAGACCUAUGCCGCCGCCAUGCUCAAAGUGGAGGCCGGGGAGCCCCUGGAGGAGGGAGACCCUGAGAACAAGCCACCCGUCUUCCUGGUCAGGCCUUCAUCGAUGCGGGUGUGCCGGGGGGAGGACGUGAUGUUCACCUGCAGGGUGUCAGGGCAGCCCUGCCCGGUGCUGCACUGGGAGAAGGAUGGGCAUGAGCUCUCCGACCUCUUUGAGAGCAGCCAUUUCUCCGUGGGGAAGGAGCCCGAGGACUGGCAUUUCCUGAAGCUGUUCGGCGCUCGGCCCCCGGACGGGGGGGUCUACGUGUGCCGGGCGCGGAGCGGCUCCCGGGAAGCCCUGGCUGCGGCCGUGCUCCUGGUUGAGCCCCUGGCGCCGGGGCUGCCGGACGAGCAAUCCCACGAGUCCCCUGGGAACGGCCUGGAGCAGCCGGGGGAGCAGCAGCAGCGCCGCCGGCACGCCGCAGGCUGGAGCGUGGCACCCGAGGCCUGGGCGCUGCCCAACGGCGAGGUGCCCGCCGGCGUGCCGGGCGCCAAGGCGUUUGCCGUAAGCGCGGGCAAGCACGCCAAGUUUCGCUGCUACGUGACCGGCAAGCCCAAGCCGGAGAUCGUCUGGAAGAAGGAUGGGAAGCCCAUCACCCCGGGGCGCAGGCACCUUGUCUACGAGGACAGGGAGGGCUACUUCAUCCUCAAGGUGCUGUACUGCAAGCCCCAGGACCAGGGGCUGUACAUCUGCACUGCGUCCAACACGGCCGGCCAGACCCUCAGUGCUGUGCAGCUCCAGGUGAAGGAGCACCGGGUGCGCUUCCAGGUGCAGCUGGCAGACGUGGAGGUGCAGGAGCGGGAGGAUGCCGUGCUGGAGUGCCACGUGCCGCUGGAGACCAUCCCCACCUCGUGGUACCUGGAGGACAAGGAGCUCCAGCCCAGCCACAAGUAUGUCAUGGAGGAGCAAGGCGUGGUGCGGCGCUUGACCAUCCGUGACGCCCACACCGACGACGAUGGCAUUUACCUCUGCCAGAUGAAGGACAAGGGGCGCAGCAUCGCGGAGGUCUCCGUCCGAGGGAUGAUCAUAAAGAGGCUGCCGCGGAAGCUGGAUGUCAUGGAGGGGGAGAAUGCGGCUUUCUGUGUGGAGACGCGGGAGGCGGUGGAGGGGAUCUGCUGGAGCCGGAACGGGCAGGAGCUGCAGGAGUCUUCCCACACCGUGCUGAAGAGCUUUGGCAGAACUCACCUCCUGGUGCUGGUGCAUGUCACCCGGGAGGAGGCGGGCAUCAUCUCCUUUGCUGUUGGGGAGUCUCAGACAACCUCCCAGCUCCGGGUCAAGUGUGUGAAGCGCGACCCUCCGAGCACCCCGGUGGCGGCCAGGAUGAGCACAGAGCACAGCAAUGCGGCGCUGCUGACGUGGUGCCCCGCACCGGACGUGCACCAUCGCCCCCCCAGCAGCUACGUGCUGGAGCGGCAGGAGGUCAGCAGCAGCGAGUGGGUGCACUGCCUCACCACCGACCUGGCCAGCCUGGUGGAGGUGCUGGGUGACAGCGUGCCCUGCGAGGCGGACUACCGUUUCCGCAUCUGUGCUGUCAACAAGUACGGCAGGAGUGGGCCCGUGGAGUUCCCCGGCUCCGUGCAUCUCGUCCCAGCAGCUCGCCUGGAGAGAGGCCUGCAGGACGCGCGGGUGCGGGACGGCGAGGAUGCGCACUUCUCCCUAGAGCUCUCUGCCUCAGUGCGGGGCGCCUGGUUCCUGAACGGCGCGAGGCUGGACAACGAGGAGGGGGCAGGCGGCCGGUACUGCAUGCAGCACUGCAAAACAGAGCACUCCCUGCUGAUCCGGGGAGCGCGGCUGGCAGAGAGCGGGGCCCAGGUCGUCUUUGUGUCCAGCGGCAUUCGGGACUCAGCCACGCUGCAUGUGCAAGCCCCUCAGGCCCACAUCGCCCUGGUGCCUGAGGCCCAGCUCCUCCGGAAGCAGCCGGCAGGGCUGCCUGUGCUCCUGGAGUGCGAGGUGUCCCCGCCGGGUGCCCCUGUCCGCUGGCUCAAGGAUGGGGAGGCCGUGCCCCUGGACGACGUUAUUGCAGUGCAGGCGGAGGGAUGCACGCGGAGGCUGCUCGUCCGCUCUGCCGGUCCCUCGGACAGUGGCAUAUACACGUGUGAUGCUGGGGAUGAAGCUGUGAGCUUCGUGGUGACAGUGACUGAGCCACUGGUGCGGAUCGUCAGCUCCAACGAGGAUGCCCCGCAUGCCUACGAGGCCCAGGAGCGCGUAGUGCUGUGGUGCGAGCUGUCCCGCGCGGACGCCCCGGUCUGCUGGUACAAGGACGGGCUGGAGGUGGAGGUGGGCGAGAGCCUGGUGCUGGAGCGCGAGGGGCCGCGGUGCCGGCUGGUGCUGCCCUGCGCCUGGCCACAGGAUGCGGGUGAAUUUGUCUGCGAUGCUGGUGGCGACUCCGUCUUCUACAACAUCACAGUGGCAGAGCCGCCGGUGCGGAUCAUCAGCUCCAAUGAGGACGCCCCGCACGCCUACGAGGCCCAGGAGCGCGUGGUGCUGUGGUGCGAGCUGUCCCGCGCAGACGCCCCGGUGCACUGGUACAAGGAUGGGCUGGAGGUGGAGGUGGGCGAGAGCCUGGUGCUGGAGCGUGAGGGGCCGCGGUGCCGGCUGGUGCUGCCCUGCGCCCGGCUGCAGGACACGGGGGAGUUUGUCUGCGACGCCGGCGGCGACUCCGUCUUCUACAACAUCAUGGUGGCAGCCCCGCAGGCCCACAUUGCCCCGGUGCCAGAGGCCCAGUGCUGCCGGACACUGCUGGCGGGGCAGCCCCUCCUCCUGGAGUGCGAGGUGUCCCCACCGGGCGCCCCCGUCCGCUGGCUCAAGGACAGGGAGGCCGUGGUCCCGGCCGAGGCCCUCACCAUCCAGUCAGAGGGAUGCACGCGGAGGCUGCUCGUCUGCUCGGCAGGGCCAUCGGAAGCGGGGACGUACACCUGCGAGGCCGGGGACACUGCCGUGAGCUUCGUGGUGACCGUGAGCGAGCCGCCGGUGCGGAUCGUCAGCUCCAACGAGGACGCCCCGCACGCCUACGAGGCCCAGGAGCACGUAGUGCUGUGGUGCGAGCUGUCCCGCGCAGACGCCCCGGUGCACUGGUACAAGGACGGGCUGGAGGUGGAGGUGGGCGAGAGCCUGGUGCUGGAGCGUGAGGGGCCGCGGUGCCAGCUGGUGCUGCCCUGCGCCCGGCUGCAGGACACGGGGGAAUUCGUCUGCGACGCUGGAGACACUUCUGCCUCCUACAGCGUCACGGUGGCAGAGCCACGUGUGAGGAUCCUGCACCCGCUGCAGCGCUCACUGGCACUGCCAGUGCUGGCCCUGGCACGUGUGGCACUGCGGUGUGAGCUGUCUGUGCCGGAUGCUCCCGUGCGCUGGUUCAAGGAUGGGCUGGAGGUGGAUGAGAGUGACAACCUGCUGUUGCUGGCAGAGGGGGCCCAGCGCUGCCUCGUCAUCCGGAAGGCCAGCGUGAAGGACGCGGGCGAGUACAUCUGUGAGAGCAGGGAUGAGGCCGUCUCCUUCGACGUCCAGGUGUCAGAGCCACCGGUGAAGAUCCUGCAGCCACGGAGACCUCCCCCUGUCGUGAAGGCCUCCCCAGGGGAGACAGUGACACUCGCCUGUGAGCUGUCCCGAGCGGAUGCACCUGUGCGCUGGGCCAAGGAGGGCAUCAGGCUGGAGGCGGGGGGCAGCCUGGUGCUGGAGGAGGAGGGCGCCCACCGGCGCCUGCUCAUCCCUGCCGCCCGAGCGGAGCACUCCGGAAAAUACGUCUGCGACACUGACGACGACGUGGUGACCUUCACCGUCCAAGUGUCGGACCCGCUAGUCAGGAUACAGGAGAGGGACGCUCUGCUGACCCGCCGGCACUGCCGGGCCCUGGAGGACCUGGUGCUGGAGGUGCACCUCUCGCAUGCCCAUGGGGAGGUGAAGUGGUACAAGGACGGGGAGAAGCUGCAGGACACAGGGCGCGUGCGGCUGGAGGAGGAUGGGGCGCGCCGCUCGCUCGUCGUCCUGGGCGCUACGCGCAGGGAUGCGGGGGAGUACCUCUGCGACACCCGCGAUGACAGCGUCAUCUUCUGCAUCACCGUGGAAGAGCCGCCGGUGACCAUCGUGGGGAACACAGGCGCCGUGGAGCAUCGCUGCCUGGUGGCCGGGGAGGACCUGGUGCUGGCCUGCAAGCUGUCCCAGCCCAAUGCCACUGUGCGCUGGUUCCGGGAUGGCCAGGAGGUGCAGCCCAGUGAGCGGGUCCAGGUCGAGGCCCGGGGGGUGCUCCGGGAGCUCACCAUCCUUGGGGCACAGCCCAGUGACUCGGGGUCCUACAUCUGCGAUGCUGCCAGCGACCACAUGGUGACGAGUGUGGAGGUGUCAGCCCAGCCCGUGCGUGUUGUGAACAAGGAGGAGGCUCAGAGCCCCAUGGAGGUGCUGGAGGGGGACAGCGUGACGCUGGUGGCCCGGCUGUCCCCGGAGAUGGCGGCGGCGCAGUGGCUCAAGGAGGGGCGGGCGCUGCGCUCGGGCGGGCGGCUGCUGGUGUGCAGUGAGGGCCCCGUGCGCAGCCUCACCAUCAAGCAGACGGAGCUGGGCGACAGCGGGGUCUUCCUCUGCGACGCCGGCGACGACGAGGUGCACUUCACGCUGCAUGUGAAAGAAGCGCCGGUGCUGUUUGUGAACAAGCAGGAGCAACCGGAGAAGCUGCUGGUGCUGGAGGGCGGCAGCGCCGUGCUCUCUGCCGUCGUGUCCAAGGAGGCAGCGCCCAUCAGCUGGCUGGGGCCGUGGGGUGCCGCGGUGGCCAGCGAGCGCUGCGAGCUGCGGCGUGAGGGCCGUGUGCACAGCCUGGUGCUGGGCAACGCGAGCAAGGAGGACGCCGGCCUCUACACCUGCCUCUCCCGCCACGACCAGAUGCAGUUCGAUGUGAGUGUCAAAGAGCUGCUGGUGAAGUUCCUGCGGGGCCUGGCGGACGUGCACGCACACGAGGGCGAGACGGUGGUGCUGUGGUGCGAGCUGUGCAAGGCCAAGGGCGACGUGGUGUGGCUGAAGGACGGGCGCCCGCUAGCACCCGGCGCCCGGCGGGAGAUCAAGGCAGAGGGGCGAGAGCGCUCGCUGGUGCUGAGUGAUGUGCGGCCCGAAGACGCUGGGGAAUACUGCUGCGAGUCCAAUGAUGACCGGACGCUGGCAACGCUGACAGUGCAGGUCCCCAGGGUGGUGGAGAUCAUCGCGGAGCUGCACAGCCUGACAGUGCUGGAGGGGGAGGAUGCCGUCUUCAAGUGUGUGGUGUCCCCCAAGGAUGUGGCGCUGACGUGGCAGCUCAAUGGCCAGGCUGUGGCCCCCUGUGAGCGGCUGGUGGUGGUGAGGACGGGGCUGUGUCACAGCCUCACCAUCCGGCAGUGCCAGCUGGCCGACGCAGCCACCGUGACGGCCAACGCCGAGGGGCUGGUGAGCGUGGCCCGGCUGAGCGUGCAAGAGGCGCAGGUGCUGUUCGUGCGGCGGCUGCGGGACGUGGCCGCGGAGGAGCAGCAGGACGUGAGCCUGGAGGUUGAGGUGAGCCACGAGGCCGCUGAGGUGCAGUGGAUGAAGCAGGGCGUCCUCCUCCAGCCAGGCGGCAAGUACCAGCUGCAGGAGUCGGGGCGCCGGCGCACCCUCACCAUCCGCGGCCUCAGCCCCUCCGACCGCGGCACCUACCGCUGCGAGAGCCUGCACGACCGCACGCAGGCCAAGCUGUGCGUUGAGCCACGGAAGGUGUCGAUCCAGACCCCGCUUGCAGACGUGGAGACCUUUGAGAAGGAGACAGCCACUUUCCACCUGGAGCUGUCUCAUGCCGGCGUGCCUGGCGUCUGGACGCGGGACGGCAUCCGGGUGAAGCCCAGCCGCAUGUGCUGCAUCAGCGCCAUGGGCUGCGUGCACAGCCUCACGCUGCAGCGGCUCACGCUGGAGGACUCGGGCACUGUCGCCUUCACCGCUGACACCCUGCGCUGCAGCGCCCGCCUGCUCGUGCGGGAGCCGCCUGUCGCUAUGGUGAAGGUCCUGCAGGACCUGGGGGUCCCGGAGAUGGGGGCUGCCAGCUUCGAGUGUGAGCUGUCUCGCCCCACCGCGGAGGUGAAGUGGUACAAGGAUGGGAUGGAGCUGCGCCCGGGGCCCCACUGCCGCAUCUACUCGGCGGGCCGGCGCCGCCUCCUGCAGUUCAGCCGCUGCGAGCUGGCCGAUGCCGGCGUCUACACCUGCGACGCGGGCGACUGCCAGGCCUCUGCCACGCUGCACGUCCACGAGCGCCAGGUCUGCAUCGUGCAGGAGCUGCAGGACGCCUGCGUGCGGGAGAAUGAGAACGCCGUCUUCACGUGCGAGGUGUCGGACGGGGACGUGAAGGGCGAGUGGUUCCGGGACGGCGAGAAAAUCAAGGUCACCAGCAUGGUGAAAAUACGGCAAGAAGGGACCAAGCAUUUCCUGCUCAUCUGCGCCGUACGCCCUGAGGACGCGGGUCUCAUCCGCUUUGCGGCGAAGAUGGCCAUCUCGGAGGCAAACCUGCAGGUGGAAGCACUGCCCAUCCGGAUCGUGAAGCCGCUGCGGGACAAGACGGUGCUGGCGCGGCACAAGGCCACGCUGGAGUGCACGGUGUCGCACGCCCGGGGCCGUGUUCGCUGGUUCCGCGGGGACACCGAGAUCUUCACCGGUGACAAGUACGAGAUCUGCAACCUGGACUGCUACCGCACGCUCAUCAUCCACCACGUGGGCCCCGAGGAUGAGGACUCGUACACCUGCGACGCCUUCGACGACUGCUCCACCGCGCGCCUCCUCGUGGAGGCGGAGGGCAUCCAGGUGCUGCGGGGGCUGCGGAGCGUGGAGGUGGUGGCGCCAGCUGAGGCGCGGUUCGAGUGCGAGGUGUCGGGUGCGCUGCCCUGGGCGCCCCAGUGGAGCCUCAACGGGGAGGUGCUGCGGGCUGGCGCGCACGUGCGGAUGGAGAGCCGGGGCAGGGUGCACCGGCUGACGCUGGGCCCGACGGCCACCAGCAUGAGUGGCAUGGUGAAGGUCAGCCUCGGCCAGGCCCGCUCCAAGGCGCAGCUCAGCGUGCGAGGAAGGAUCUCCAUCCACAGCCUCCACAGCCCUGAGCCGGACGUGGCCGUCCAGGGCUGA